AUGGCCGCCCAUACAAUGCUAUUCCUCAAAUGCGUUCUCUCACCAUUCAGGUACUCUGUUCUCUCAAAAUAUUCCUCCUUCUCUAGCUCAAAAUUGUCUGAUGUCAUAUCCUCAAGUAGACCACGAACAGAUGCAGAAGAAUAUUGCAGACGAAAAAUUGCUAUGACCCAGUUCUUGCUCAAUGAAUGUGGGUUUUCUGAGUCCCAAGCUUUAGCGAUUGGUAGGAGGAACGAAGAUUUGUUCAAAAUUAUAUCCAUCCGCACAGCCCAGCAGGCAGUCCAGCUCCUCAGAGACUCGGGUUUCGCUGAAGACCAGGUAAGGAAAAUCGUUUUCUCACACCCAAAAAUUAUGCAGCUCAAAGUGGAUAGUCAGUUAAAGCCCAAGAUUGAGUUCAUGAAGGCAUUAGGUUUUACUGGUUGUGACCUGGGACACAUCUUAAGUCGAGCAACUGGUUUGUUCACUUGCAAUUUGGAACAAAACCUAAGCCCUAAAAUUCCCUUGCUUGUAGGCAUAUUUGGUUCAAAGCUUAGUCUGUGGAAAACUCUCAAACGGUAUCCUAGACUUUUGACGUGUAAUAUGGACAAUUUGAAACCUAAAAUAGAUAUUUUAAAGCAAUCAGGUAUGCAAGGUGAACUUCUUUUAUAUGUAAUCAAGUUAAGGCCCACUUUAAUUUUGCGCAGUGAAGAGGCGCUGAAAUUGGAGAUUGAAUAUGUGAGAAACCUAGGUAUUUUGGAGGGAUCCAAAGCAUUUGCAAACGCCCUUGUAGCGGUUGAUAGUUCUGGGCUUGAAAAUUUUGAAAAUAAAUUAAAACAUAUGGCAACGCUCGGUCUUUUGGAGAAUGAGAUCCUGCAGAUUGUAAGAAGUACUUCUAGUACGCUCAGUUGUAGCAUUGAUAAGAUAAAGAAAAACAUGGAUUUCUUGAAAAAUACUGCUGGCAUUCCGCCAAACAUUUUGGUUUUGUAUCCUCGUCUUUUAACUUUUAGCAUAGAGAAUAGGAUUCAACCACGACAUAAGGUAAUUGAAUUUUUAAGGGAAACAGAACCAUCCAGACUUCCCAGAAACCUUGCUAAAGUUUAUGCACUAAGUGAACAAAGAUUUUCUGACAAGUUUCUGAUGGGCAGUCCUGAGGCAGCAAAGUUGUUUGGAAAGUAUAAGGGUAAGUCUGUUGAUCUUGCCAUCAGCUGA